ACGUCGAUAUCUGGAAAAUCCGGGUCGAGCAGAUAUUGAAGUUUAAAUUCACCUGUAACCCCGUUGUCAAAUUCAUUUUUUCGUCCUUGUGAUAUCCGAAAGUGCGAUUUUAUUACGUUUUUUAUGUCCGAACCUUUCGUAUCAAUUGUCAAAUCUCAAUUUAUCGGUGUAACUCGGGAAAUUUUGCUCCGAAAAAGUUUAUUCCCCUUGGCGCCAAGUUUGUAUCGUAACCUCAUUUCAUGUUGACAACAAUGUGCUAUGUUGAAUAAUUUUUUACAACAAUAGAAGAUUAAAAAGAGUAAAAAAUGCAGAUGCAAACAUUGGGAGAUUUACCCUACUGGAAGGGCUUGUGGUUGGUGAUUUCGGGUACAACGAGUCGUUGUGAAAAGGAACUAGUCGAAGAUGAAAUAAAAAAUGCCACAAAGCUCCUGAAGAAGGGCCUGAAUUAUUUCAAAAAAUUCACAGAGUCAUCCCUGCAGAAAUACGAGAAAACAAAUCCCCGACCUCGAAUGUACGAUCUUAUCUCGAAGCUCUCACACUUACUAAACCUCGACGCAAUGAUCGCCUCAGAAUUGACCUUGAACUACAUGGUAUACGAGUACAGAAAUUGCGCCGAAACAUUUGCCACUCAGCUGGCAGAUUUGACGUCCUUGAGAGGUUUAAUCGAGGAGCUCUGGAAUUUUUAUUACUCCGAGAGAAUAACCCUCCUGAAAUGCCUAAAACUCAUGAUCGAGUACCGAGACAACACAAAUCAUCCCUACCAGAGGGAGUUCUCCAGGUUUUUCAAGGAGGCCCCACUGAAGACGUUCCUGGAGUCCUCCCUGGAGCAGAUAGAGCGUCUCAAAUUUAACAGUGCAAAUUCGAGGUCCCACCUGUUGAGUGAAGAGCACCUGCACAAAUUAUACAACAGCAGUCUCAUAGAGAUGCGAGAGCUCCUGCACAUUUGCACGAUGAUUUUGGACACAACUCGUCCUGAUACCUUCGAGAGCCUGUACUCGAGCAUUUGUGGCGAGCCCCGACGUUUAUCUGGCUCGAAGAGCCACGAGGAUAAGGAGAUCAUUGAGAAGAGAUUGGAGGAGAUUCGAAAGAGCCAAUCCGCUCUCUACCUGGUGAUCCUCGACGUGAAAAAGCACUCGGAGUUCGUCGCGGACACGAGUAUCGUAGAGACCUGGUUGAGGGACGUGCGAAGGGGUAUGCAGGAUACCCUGGAGCACAAGUGCCUGAAAGACAGCUCUCCAGAGGACGGACCACUGUUGCUCGCCUGGAUGCUAGCGAAUUACGCUAUUGAGCCUGAAAAUUCAGAGACACUGAACCAGUUUCGACCUUUUGGGGUUCGUGCUGUUCACCUAGACGUCUUCAGGUACCUCCACAGUCUGGUUGACACCGAAAUGGUUAAAGAGGAGACUAGAUACGCCCAGAUUGUUCGAGGAAGUGUUUACAAUUUGCUCUCUCUCUUGUGUUCAUUCAUGGAUGAGGAGAAACUCAGUAGCUUCGAUGGAAUUUUCGAUGCGGUGGCAUCAGUCCUCCGAUGUCCAGAAAUCGCAGCUGAUUUCUGGAGGGAUAAGGAUGAAGAGGGAGGCCUCUGGCCCCUCUACCACAGGGCAGCUGGACUUUUUCCUUAUCGAUUCGAACUCCUCACGAUCGUUGCCAAUGGAUUGGCAGCUGCCUCUCCCUCCAGUGCACAGAGAAUUACCCAGAAACUGGAAAAUCUUACCACUCUCACUCUUCAGGUGCCAAGACACCUCAACACCAUCAUCUCGAGGACAUCCACUCAGGGUCUAGCUUACCGUCCUUACAAGGGUGACUGUACCCUCCACAGAAAUGACUUUGAAAUCCCUGAGAACUGUGAGAAAAUUGUAUUAGAUGGGGAUCUCAGUGAUUCAGAAGUGAUUCUCUUCAAGAUCAGGGGAAAAUAUGGAGAUGCAUUUCAUCAUCGAAUUGAACAGCUCUUUGGACAUGCGGGUGGUGGACUGAUGAAUGUCAGUGAUCUUCAGACUAAUUUACUGGAGAAUAUUGCCGAGGGUUUCAAAUUACUCAAUUCCAUACUCUCUGCUGAUCUAGACAUACCCCCAGGGAUGGUGAUCCCCACAGAAUUGAGUCUGGAAAUAAUAAACAGAUUUGCAUAUCCAGUUUUACCGAGGAAUCUUUACAAAAUUGUUGCCUCGUGUCUACAAGUCACUUCGCGGCUCGUUCUCAAAUACCCCGAGGACAUUUUAUCGAGGAUGAGGGUGGGGGUCUAUCCAAAAUUCAAUACUGGCUUUCAGGAGGUUGUGGAGUUGGCCAAGGCCUCCUCCUUCGAUGGUGGAUUAAUCGCCUCCUGGUUAUCGGGAAUUGAAACGAUUGAGCAUCGAUAUCCUGUGUUGAACGCUUAUCUGGACACUCUAUCGAAUUAUUUAAUUGCAAAACACAGUACAGAAGUCAUGGAGAACGUGGAGAUCCCAGGGAUGGUGUUCCUUCUCCAAGGGGUCCUCCCAAAACUCGACUCCUGGUACUUUACCUCGGAAUCCGAGAGAAUUGAUCUCUGGUUCAAGUCGAUGUUCUGCAUUCAUCGAGUGUUGGAUGCAAAUUUAUCGAAGAACGAACCGAGGCAGAGGCUUCAGCUUGUGGUUGCUUACAGUCUGCUGUACCUCGAGCCGAGGCACGCCCUGCUGAAGCUCAUUAGGACAGGUGAGAGAAAUCUGAGGAGUAAAAUGAUGAACGAGACUGAUUGGAUAAGUGGAAAAGGCUUCAAGAUAAUUAAAAGUGUGCAGCUGGCUCUGUCCCUCGUCAAUCGAUUGCUCAUGUUUAGAAAAAAUUUGGGAUUGAGUCACGACGAGAGAUCUCCCCUGGAGGUGGCACUGUACACCUCCCCAUCCCUUCCCAAUGCUCUUCUCAUUGUUCCAACGAUCGUUAAUUAUCUUUACCUUGAGUUUAGUCCAGCCCUCCAGGCGAUGGCAGUGAGACUGCUGAAAAAAUUCGCCCAGGGUUUCUCCAUGUCUCUCCUCGUGUGCAUGGGAAUGGAUGGUACUGCCAUCAGGGGGACCUUCGCCUCGAGGCUCAUGUCCCCCACGUGCUCGGUUGAAGUUAAAGUUGCUAUCCUGGAGCUCGUUGCUGUCUGCCUGGAGAGACAACCAGGACUCACAGAAGCUCUCUUCAAUAUCAUGCAUGAGGCUGAGCAGAAGAGGAUCUUUCCCAGGCCAGCUGAUCAAUUUCUCACCGAGGGAUGCAGUCAAUUUCUCGAUUUAUACCUCAAAAGAAUGCAUAACGAAAAGGAAAUCGUCUGCGAUCGGCUCUAUGACAAUACUAUGAAUUUAUUAAGGGCAAUGUGGUACAAUAGAAACGUCAUCCUCGUGAAUUUUUUUCGGAAGAGAGAUAAAUUCUGGACCCAAGUGUUCUCCCCAUUGUUCAAUCCCCUCAUUCGAGGCUCUAGGGGUUAUGCCCACCUGAUUGACAUCGCAACCCUCGAAUUAUUCGAGUCACUACCGACAUCGAGCUCCGAGGACGAUUUCACGAAAAAUCUCGAGAAAUUACUGCACAAGGACGACCACUGGGAGAGAAUAAUCGAGUAUAUUUUAGUGAAUGUGCCGGUUUCUUCCGGGGAUCCGGGAAAGUUUGAUCACGUGGAGGCACCUCUGUACGAGGGAAACGUCGAGGCGUGGUACCACUUCAUCGUAACUCUGACGGACGCCAAGAUAUCCAGUGAAUUAUUAUCGAGAAUGGCACCUACCAGAAUUCAGUUCUUAAUAAAAUUGACACUUGAGUCGCUCUCAUCGAGAAUUAAGAAAACCUCUGACAUCAGUGACGCCAGAGUAACGAUGCUACUUGCUUCCCUAGCCCUCAGGUGUGUCUACACCUGGAGGGAAAAAUGCGUGGAGGAGGCUGGAGCGUUUACAGAGAAAAUCGUCCAGCUGAUGGAGGACAUCUUUCACUCGUACUCAGCCUAUGGUGUACCCCUACGAAGAAUAUUAAUUUCAUUACUCCUGGGAUGCAUUCAACUGGUGAAAUCUCAUCUCUCAGAGGACCGAUCCAGUCUGGAGUACCUCCUGGUGCACUCUUGUUUAUUAUCCAACAUUGAAGUUCGUAAACUGGGAGAAAAAGUGAAGGAGACGAGGGAGACCGGGCAUAAUCCCGAGGAAGAGGAUCACGACCAUCUGGAGGGAACGAAACCCUCGAUUACACCGAGACCUCGUCAGGAAUGCACUCCAGCAAUUCUCACUAUCAGUAUGGUGACGUAUUUGCUGCGUUGUCAUCCUCUGAAGCAGUCGCCCAAGUACGCAGGGAGAUCCAGCAGUCUUCAUCUUCGUCAGAUGGUACCACAAUUGAUGAAUUGCCUCCACGAGACCCUUCAACUUCACAAAUUCGUGGACUUCAGCAGAGCUGCAUUGGAAUUCCUCGGGACAAUUGCUCGUUCUCCGUAUUACAAUCCCUGUCCAAGACCCAUUGAUGAUGAAGAGUCCAUUGCGAAGCUCUGGCUGGGACUGGUGCCACCACAAGUUCUAGGAGGGAGCAUGCUGGAGUCCCUCUACGAUGACAGGGCGAAUGUAGGCCAGUGGAGGUGUCAGGACUGGUGGCAGAUCUACUCUCUGGGUCUGGAAUUUCUCACUGGACUCGUAACUAAUGGAUCGAGCAGUGAUCAACCUAGCAUUCCACCGACCAAUGUCACUCCCAUCAUUCUGUUUCUUGGCUCUCACGAGUUUCAAUUAACAGAAGUGGCUACACUCCUCAGACAUACCGCAGAUCCUCUGGCUAUUGACCUGGUGCAGUCCCUGGUGGCUCUCAUCUCAGCUUUGACAGGACAAAAAUCAGUGUGGAAUGUCAUUCAACCGAGUGUCAGAGACGGACUCAUGAAAUGCAUGUAUUUGAUAUACGACUCGACCGUGAACCUGUUGCUUCGUCCUCGUAUUCUCAAAUUUAUCAUCGAUGGGGUGAGAGUGGAGAGCGCCGAGGAUCUCCAUUUCUGUGAUGAAAAACCCCCCAGCAAUGAGCUCAAACUCCUGGUUAAUAAAUUGAUCAUCGUUAACUGGUGGUGUGCGCAGUGUUUCCUGCGAUUUUCACCUCGACUCAAUGCCCUGGUGGAUACUAUUUACACUCAAGACUUCUGGGAUACACCCCUAGCUGAAAUGAAUUUCGGUCCUCCCCAGAUGUCCAUGAGCUCAGGGCCCAGUCUCACCUAUGGCACAAUUAUAAGUUCCACCCAGUUAUUCACGCAGGCAUUGAAUUGUCAAUUGAUUGUUGGACCAUCUGCAGGCGCUCAGGCUUCCGAGGGAAUAGAUUCGGCUAAACGAGAGUGGGAGAGAGCUACACCAGAAAAAGUGAGGAAACUUCAGCCAAAGGACUUGAAGAGAAUUCUCAAUCCCCAGUUAUCAGGAUAUGUUUCUGGUCCCGAGGUGCUGGGACAUCCCAGGCUCCUGCGAAGGCCCUACGAUCCUCUAAUCGUGGAGAAUACAAUUUUAUCGAGAGCAACAUCUUUUGUUCAUCACAGCGGACGUCACGUUUCCAGCAAAAAUGGUCAGAGUUCUGGGCCGGGGAACACUGGGCAAUUGACCCCAUCAGGGAGAAGUGACCGGACUGAUGCCAAUCCAUGGUUUUCAUCCAUGAAUCAGAACAACUCUAGGCUGGCACUGGAGGUGAAUUUAGUGCUCGUUUUGUGUCAGACUUUGGAGGGAGUCAAGAGUCCCAGACUGGCCUUGAGGGAUCGUCAGCUGAUUGCCAGAGAAACUGCCAAUGAGAUUGGAGUGUUCUUUGAGUUCUUGGAGCAGAGGGCGACUGGACUUAGUGAGUGGGACAUCGAGGGUGCACUCGUGGGGGUGGGACUCUGGGAUUCUACUGUGAGGGCUGUGAAGGCUAAUUGUGGCACAGGACCCUUGAUUGUCAGGCUCAAGGAGGGCUCUACCAUUGGAAAAGUGCCUGUUGGCUCCAUCGAUCAUGAUCCUCCAGAGGCAACGAGUCGUGAGGCCAUUUCUCUGAGGCUGGAGGAUCGUCUCGAGGACGACGUCUUGACCACUGGUGCAUUCGUCUCUACAACCUCGGGCAUUCGAUUUUUAUCCUUAAUUGGAAAAUUAUUCAAGUCCAUGCUGGAGUCACUGGACUCUGCACAGUAUGGGUAGUGCAAGUCGAUCGGAAUAUUUUUCUAUUCCUUCGACGUCGUACGGUUGUCAUU